CUAAGCAAGCUAUUACAAUUAUUAUGAAAAAAUUAAUUCUAAUUCUGCUGGUUGUUGUUAUAAUUACACUUUUAGCAGGCGCGUACUCUGAGAAACUAGUGAUUGAUACGGACCCAGGAGCCGACGAUGCGGUAGCUAUUUUGCUUGUUUUAUCAAUGAGCGCAAGAAAUUAUACAAAUUAUGAGGUUGUGGGGAUAACGUGUGUCUAUGGAAACACUUUUGAAGAGCUUGCUGAGAAAAAUGUCCUGAAAAUCCUAACAGUCGCCAAUUUACCCAAAAUUCCUGUGUACGGAGGAGCACAGAAGCCUUUGAUGAGCAACUAUACAGCCGACAAUUACUUUGGCGAGGAUGGAUUCGGUGAUUUUAAAUUUCAGGAUGAAAUUCUUGGUGAAGUAGAUCGGUCUACUCACGCAGCAGUGGCUUUAGUCAAGCUAGCUCGAAGGUACCCCGGAGAAUUGAGCAUUUUAGCUCUCGGGCCGUUGACUAACAUUGCAAUUGCAAUGACUUUGGACCCGGAGUUCGCUAAAAAUGUAAAAAGAUUCUUCAUCAUGGGCGGAAGUGUUUCGGGCGUUGGAAAUAAAUCUCCAGGAGUUGAAUUUAAUUUUGGAGCUGAUCCUGAGAGCAACCAUGUCGUCAUGACUCCUGUCAUUGAUGGCUCUGCCAGGGGCUCAUUGCUGAUCGACUAUGCGAACACAACAGUACAGCCCGGGAAUGUGGAAAUAAUCCAGGAAGUAAACACUGAGGAAUUCAAACAGAUGCUUAAAGAAUUUUUAUCA